AUGGCAACAACUCUGUUAGCAAUCGGUGGUCAAGGAGGUGGUGAAUUUACCUUCAAUGGUCAGAAUAAUGGUUCCAGUUUACAGAGGAUGUGGGUUUGGGUGGGAGGGUCACAGGUGAAGGCGGUCCGGGCCUGGCUCACAGAUGGAAGAGAACAAACCUUUGGAAGACCUGGAGGGUCAUUUCAAGAGUAUGUGUUUCAGCCCGGCGAGCUCAUCACCUCAAUGUCACUGUGGGGAAAUGGAGUGGGGACGCGUCUCGGAGCCAUCAAAUUCAAAACCAACUAUUCCAAAAAUUUCUUUGUGAAAAUGACGAGCUGGAGUUUGAGAACAGAAUAUCCCAUCGACAUCGGCUCUGGAUUGUGUCUGGGCAUCGAGGGAAGAUGCGGCUUGGACAUCGACUGCAUGGGAUUCUUAUUUCUCAAUAAAGUUCAGUCAGUAAUUCUCACUGAUGUCAGCUAUCCAACUCUUGACCUGGUCACGCCAGACGUCGCACUGGAAGUGAUCCAAUUGAGCACUUACAAGAAUGAAACCUCCAUCAGUCAAGAGCAAACCAUUGAAAGCUCAAAAACAAUAACCAAAUCAUCUUCGUGGUCUACAAGAGAAAGCAUCACAAGCACAUUCUCCAUGGAGGUGAAGGCUGGGAUUCCAGAUAUCGUAGAAGUCACCACGGGAUUCAGUGUUGAGAUUGGAACAGAAAACACUUACAGUAAAGAAUAUACGGAUGAAACAACUGAAAAACAAACGUUUAAGAUCGAUGUUCAAGCGAGGAAGAAGGUGGAUGUUCACAUCACGAUUGGCAGAUGUAGUUUUGAUCUCCCGUACACCGGCACAGUGAUGGUCAUGUGUGAGAACAGUUCUGUGUUCACAUAUGAAACCAAAGGCAAAUACAAAGGUGUCAGUUACACCAAAAUAAGAGUUGACACCAAAGAACACAACCUUUAA